UGGCCUGAGCGGGGAAGCGUUGGCUGGAUGCCCACCGGAGCCAUGGUGGCGGAGUAGCGCCGAGGCCCGCGCCCAGAGGCUGGCGGUGGGAGGAGAAUGAGCACAUGUCGUUGGUGUACGCCUGGUGGUUCCUCCACCACCCAGUUCCUAAGAACUUAUGCUUCCAAGACUUUGUCCCCUGAAGAUCGUGCAGCAGCCAAUGAUGAUCUGUGUUACUGCCUGGAAUGUGUGGUUGAAUAUCACAAGGCAAGGGAUGAAUUGCCUGGCUUACUGCAGGAGAUCUUAUGGGAGUUGGAAACCUCCCGUCUCAUUGACCACUUUGAGAAAUCCAUGAAGACAGAUAUUGAAGAGGAUGAUGAAUUAUUUAUAGUGGAUGACAAUGGGGAAACUAAACUGUCUGGUUACACAGGCCCGGAUUUUGAGAACAACCUGCGUGUACCUCUUCUAGAAAUACUGAAAUACCCGUACCUGCUGCUACAUGCACGAAUCAGUGAGCUCUGUGUUGAGGCUCUUUGUAAAAUGGAACAAGUUAACUUCUCCUUUCAGGUCUUUGACAAACAUCCAGGCAUUUAUCUGUUGUUGGUACACCCCAAUGAAGUGAUUCGUCGAUGGGCCAUCCUGACAGCAAGAAAUUUAGGGAAAGUCGACAGGGAUGAUUACUAUGACUUACAGGAAGUGUUGACUUGCUUGUUUAAAGUCAUUGAGUUGGGACUGUUUGACAGUCCUGAUAUUUAUAGUUCUUCAAUGAUUGAGAAGGGGAAACUCAUUCUUCUGCCAUCCCAUUUGUAUGAUACCACCAACUACAAAAACUACUGGCUUGGUAUCUGUAUGUUGCUAACAGUGCUGGAAGAACAAGCUAUGGAUUCUUUGUUGCUGGGUCCAGAUAAACAGAAUGAUUUCAUGCAGUCUAUACUUCACACCAUGGAGAAACAAACAGAUGAUGAAAGCAUUGAUCCCUUCUGGCCAGCGCUGCACUGUUUCAUGGUGAUUUUGGAUCAGCUCGGGUCUAAAGUGUGGGGUCAACUCAUCGAUCCAGUCCAGGCCUUUCAAACCAUUAUCAACAAUGUCAGCUACAACAAUGAAAUAAAAAAUAUACGCAAUAGUUCAAGGAGGACUAAAUCUGAACCAGAGUCAAACUAUGAGGAGGAAAUGGUUUCUUGCAGCCAGAUUGUGUAUAAUUACAAUACAGAAAAGCCCAAAAAGGAUACUGGAUGGAAGACAGCCAUUUGUCCAGAUUAUUGCCCCAACAUGUAUGAAGAUAUGCAGACAUUGGCUAAUGUGCUUCAAUCUGAUAUUGGCCAAGAUAUGCGUGUCCAUAAUAGCACAUUUCUAUGGUUUAUUCCUUUUGUUCAGUCCCUAAUGGACCUCAAGGACUUGGGCGUGGCUUAUAUAGUAGAGGUCAUUCACCAUCUGUGCUCGGAAAUCAAAGGCUUUCUCAGUGAAAGAGUCCAGCAAUGUGACAAAGUUUCUGAAUUUUUCAUCCUGAUUCUGGUGUCAGUUGUUGAACUACACAGAAAUAAAAAGUGCCUUCAUUUGCUGUGGAUUAGCUCUCAGGAAUGGGUGGAAGCAGUAGUGAAAUGUGCUAACCUUCCAACCAUAGCAUUUACGCGCUGCUCUGAAAAAGCACCUGGAAACUGUCCUAAAGUUACAUCAGCAAUAUCUUCACAGGCUUCUAACUCUGUACAGCAUGCUUGCGUGCAGUUGAUACGCAGCCUUCUUCGAGAAGGCUACCAGUUAGGGCAACAAACUGUUUGCAAGCAGUUUCUAGAUAAACUCAAUCUGCUUUUGCGGGGAAACUUACCUCUGGGUUGGCAGCUGAAGAACCGGGAAAUUCAGGAAUUACAAAUGUGUUUAAAGCAGGUAAUAAGAAGUAUAAAGGACAGAUCAUCAAAUGCUUCCAUACCUGUGGAAAAUAGCGUGAUUUGUACAAAUUUGUCCACAAUUCCUAUAAAGCAAGAAAAAGGGACAGCCAGUGAUAAGUGUCAGAUGAAUAUACAACACGGAGAUAGCCUCAGUCCCCCAUUUUCUUUAGCAUCUGGGAGCGAUGAGGCUUGUCAAGAGAGUUCUUCCCCUAGAAGAAGAGGCAUUGGGGAAGAGGAAUAUAGGGAAAUGUCUUUUAACAAUAGAAAAUUAUGUGUAACUGCAGAAUGCCUUUUGACAGAUAUUAAAAAAGAACCUCAUGAUAGGUUAUUUCAGGAAUGUGAACAUCCCGAUAGCUCUGGAGCAACAAAAAUACACAAGAAUACCCAUAAAAAUGGAAACAACUACCAAGUGCAGGGGAACCAAAAUAAGAAUAACUCCUUACUUAAACAGUGCUUCAAUACAAGUCCUCAAGUCUCUGAUUUCAAAAGUCAUGCUAUAUUGGAAAGAGACGAAACAGAAGUGAGGAUGCCAGAGUGUCUGAGUGCUCAGUCUUGUUCCAGUUCUCAUGAAGACACUCACAGCUCAAAUGGAAAAGAUGGAAAUGGCUCCCCUAAUUCCUGUUCAAAGUUUAAGAUAGAUCCUAAUAAAAUCACAAAUUUGAAAACCCAGGUACAGAAUGCUGGUUGGACCACAAAACUACUACAGUUAAUGAAGCAAUCCGCUUCAAAUUCAGAAAUAGACCAACAACAGUCUCACUCUGAGUCUCUCUAUACAAGUAAAGAUGGCAGCAGAGAUCAGGAAGCGAAUAUUUUGAGUGAAGGUGAAACCUCAGUUAACUUUAAUACUUCAAAUGGUUCUGAAAAUAAACAGGAGAACAGCAUGAACAGUACUUUUCAAAUCAAGCUGCUCUCUCUUAAGCAGGAAUCAAAUGAUACCAAGGCAGAUUAUUCAAAUUCCUUUAAAAAAGAGGCUGGCUUGGAAGAAAGUGAAAGUGGCGAUGAAGACGACAAUAUUCCACUUGCUACGUUUAAACGUUAUUUAAAGAAAAAGAGAUCCUUUUCAAGAAGAUCGAGUUCUUUGCGAAAGCCAUUACUGAAUAAAGACCUUAACACAGAGAUACCAGAUCAAGGGCAAUCUAAUACUGGCAGUUUAUGCCCAAAGAGAAGUGACCUCAAAGAUCAAAAAGUGAGCAUGCAACGUACGGAUGAAACUUCAGCAAAUUUUAACAUUCCAUCUAGUUCUGAAAAUAAAGGGGAGAUACCUAGGAAUGCUCCUCUAAUCAGUCCGCCCUUGAUUAAGCACGAAUCAACUGACAGACUGUUAGAUUUUUCAAGAUAUUAUAAAGAAGAAGGUGAUUCAGAGGAAAAAAUAAAUAUUGAAGAUAAUGCAGAAAUUGCAAGUGAUUUGGUAAAAAAGAAAUCUGGAGCUAGCCCCUUAACAGACUCUCAGAUUGAUAGAGACCUUGAUAAAUUAUCCUUAGCUGCUUAUGCCAAAGGUGUCAAUUUUCCUGUUGCCUCAAGCCAAGAACACUCAAUACAUCGGUGUGACAUUAAAAGGAAAGUAAAAGGUGCUGUUAGAUCAUCCACAAAGGGCCAAAGUAAUGAGUCCUCUUCUGAUACAGAUUGUCCCAACAAUGAAGUCAUUGUCAUUUCAGAUUCCUCUUCUGAUGAGGAAAAAAAGUUGGGUAUUAAGAAGCCAGUAAAAAAAGAGGUGUGUGUAUGUCCAGAAAAACAACCUUUAACAUCUGGCUAUGUUUCUGAUAGUGCAAACAAAAAAGAGCAAUUGAAGACUCAUAGCUCCCCGUUGCCGUGUGAGGAACAUAAUUCUCAGUUUUUUGAGUUUGAAACUGAAGAUGAUGUCUUUUCAGUCUGGCAAGAUUCUCAGAUAAACGAUGAAGAAGUGAAUCAGGCACAGGAACAAGACUCUAACUUGACAUCAACAAGUACUCCAGAUAGUUUUGAGUUGGCAGAUCGUACAAAUGACUGGGGUUAUGAUACAGAUUACAUCAGUGAUGAUGUCAUUGAAAAAGCAGAAGAGAUUGUUGAAAGGCAGGUAGAUUCUCUCUCUCAUAAGAAAGUUAGUAAAACUGGCACAAAAUCUGAGGCACCUUUUCAAGAGCCUGCUAUCAAGGGAAAUGCAACUGCUCAGUCUGAGAAUUUUACUCAGCCAGAUGCUGUUGCUAAAGACCAUGCCAAAAACACAGGCUUGAUGGAGCCCAGAGCAUCUACAUCUAGUGUAUCAUUAGCUUCAAAGUUGAUUAUUAAAAAAAGCACUUUAAGCCCAGGCAGAAGUUUAGCAAAAUCCAAGAUGGUAAGAACUGCUCUUAGAAGUCCCAGAAAAAUGAGCCUUAAAACUGUACAAAACAAAAAACUUGCUCAAACUAGUUCUAGAAAUACUGAGCUUCGCAGAUCAACCCCUGCUGUAGUUCCUCCAAAGAAAGUUCGCCAAUGUCCUGAGCCAACUUUAACUGUGGAAAAACUUGGCCUAAAAAAGGCCCCCCGCAAAGCAUUUGAGUUAUCCCAGCGAUCCUUAGAUAGUCUGGCUGAAUUGCGCAGCUAUGGGAAAGCUGCUGGGGCAGUUCAGACUCCACAGAAACAAAAAACUAAAUUAAUUGCUCCACAGAAUCUAGUUAUAAAACAUAAUAGAAAAAUGUUAGCCUGCCAAGAUCUUCAGUUUUUAAGGCAGAUAAGACCCACACAAGUGGGGAGAGGGAAAAAUCAGGUAGGAAGUUCUGAGGACAGAAGCAAAAAAAUAACUAAAAAGUCUGAUCCAAGGCAUCCUAUACAACAGCCGGUGGCUUUUGACCCAGUAUCUGCUGCAGGAACUAGUGAAAAACAAAAAGAGAGGAGAGCAGAGCAGAUAUGCUAUCCCUCAAGCAAUGGUGGAAAAAAGGUGAGAAAAAGCUUCUCAUCUGAGAGAGAGGAAGUCCAAACCACACAUAUGGAUAAAAUGACGCCACAUGCUUCUAAGGAAUCUAACAUGAAAAUAGAAGAAAACAAUAUGGCAGGUCCUGCAUUACAGAUCGAAUCAUGUUUUUCUUCAUCUUUAACUGGAGACUACAAAAAUGAACCUGCAGAGAGAGAAUAUGUUGUCCCUCUGGUUUCCCCAUCUACGCCUCACUUUGAGGGGGCAUCUCUGAAAGAGAGCAAGCCUACAUUAAAUGAAAACAGUGAUGAAGAUGAUUUAUUUUUAACUCAGUUAGAUCCUGUGGAUAUGGAAAUGUGUUCACAGAUGGAAAAUAUUGGCGAUAUUAUAAUAGCUAGUGAAAAAGAGCCACUAGACACGAAAGUUGAUGCUGCUGAAAGUCUGCUGCAGAAUGAGCCCUUAGGUAUUUUGAAGUGUAAAUGCAAAGAUUGUACAGAACAGGUGGAAAAGGCAGGGGAGUACUGUAGUAAGCAUUCUGCCACCAGUGCUUCAGAUCAUCUCUUUAUCAAGCCAAGUUUACCACCACCUAAGCCUGAAAAACCUUCCACUACUAAACAUUUCAGCUCAAAUAGCUCUUCACGGAGUGACAUCCUCACCAAGGAUUUUGAAAAUAAUUCAAAGCGCUCAUUGCCGUCAAAAGCCAAGUCAAAAGUGGUAAAAUCCAGUGUCUCCAAGACAGGGAAUCCAAAAGCUGUAUCAUCAGAGAACCAGAUAUUCAAGAUCCCAAGUUUCAGCAGUAGUCUUCAGUCCCAGAGUUCCAGCAAUGUUCUCCGGCCCCAGAACAUGCAGACAAACAGUACUUCACGUUUUCCCAACAGGUCUGCCUCGGGGGCUCAUUCAGGGCAAGAAAGAGGUCUCCCUUCCUUUCCACAAGCAAAUGCUCUUGUCACUCAACAGCGUGAUCAUAGUAUUUUUGUUACAGAGGUCCUGAAAUGGAACUAUGAAAUGUUUGUCAGCUUGAGCCAGUUUGGACUUCCAUAUAAUCUUCAAUCCAUUAUGGUCUCUGUUCCUGUCAAAUUUCAUGGAUACAAUGACUAUUUUAAUACAUUUUUCCCCUUGAUGAUGCUAAACGCCUUUGAAACAGUUGCACAGGAAUGGAUACAAAACCAGAAAACAAGAGAGAAAAAUAGUUAUCAUUUGCACUUACAAAAUUUCUGUGCUGACUUGAAUCGAGCAGAUUUUACAGCAUGCAUUCGGGAAAGUGAUCUGGCAAAACAGCUUCAUCCAAAGGAGGACGACUUGAUCUUUUUGGUGGUGCCUGAAAAACAAAACACCUUUGCAGAAGAAAGCGAGAUGGAGAGCCAUCUAGUGUAUCAUGUUGGUUUUGUGACCCGCUUCUCCCGUGCAUCACUCCGUGAAACAAGGCAAAAUGAGCAGCAUGUUGUCUGUCACCUUUCCGUCCAAACUCGAGGCAAUUUGUCAUACUACCUAAACCAGCCAGUGAAAUGUGUAGUGGUCAGCUCUCUAGUGACUACACAACGAAGGUUCAAAGGUCUGCUACUGUUGAGCAGGAGUCCUCUGGCUAAACCCAUCAUAAAUCCAAGUUACGCUGACUUCUGUCCCAGGGAUUUGAAUUUAACUUCCGAGAGCUCUACUUCCUACAUGAGAGACUACAAUGCAGAUCAGAAGAAGGCUAUUGAAACUGCUUAUGCUAUGGUGAAGGAGCAUCCAAGACUUCCCAGAAUCUGCCUGAUUCAUGGGCCACCUGGGACAGGGAAAUCAAAAACUAUUGUUGGACUCCUGUACCGUAUUCUGACAGAGAGGUCUGGGAAUGAGAAUCGAGCUCAAAACUUGAAUGCCAAGAUCAAGCGAAACCGUAUUCUGGUUUGUGCACCAUCCAAUGCUGCUGUUGAUGAACUCAUGAAAAAGAUAAUCCUGGAAUUCAAAGAAAAAUGCCAAGACAGAAAAAAUCCUUUGGGAAAUUGUGGAGAUAUAAACUUAGUGCGACUAGGUCCAGAAAAGUCAAUAAGCAUUGAUGUCCUGAAAUUCAGCCUGGACAGCCAAGUUAGCCACAGAAUGAACCGGGGACAACCUGGCCGUGACCAGGAUAUUCACAGGAAAAAGGAAACCCUGGAUUGCCAGCUGGACAGUCUCUCUCGGCAGCGUGCCAUGGAUAGAUGUGAUAAGAGGCAGCAGAGUCAAAGGUUAGAUGAGGAAAUUGCCAGACUUUCAAAGGAGCGGCAACAACUCACUUCCCAACUGAAGAAGGUCGGAGGGCGCCCUCAGGAAGUGCAGGCUAGCAUCAUCUUGGAAUCCCACAUCAUCUGUUGCACAUUGAGCACAAGCGGAGGCUUUCUGCUGGAGUCUGCUUUUCGCCGGCAAGGACUUGACCCUUUCAGCUGUGUCAUUGUGGAUGAGGCGGGGCAGUCAUGUGAGGUUGAAACUCUAAUUCCACUGAUUCAUCGCUGUAGUAAACUUGUCCUUGUUGGAGAUCCCAAGCAGCUCCCUCCUACUGUAAUAUCUAUGAAAGCUCAAGAGUAUGGCUAUGAUCAGUCUAUGAUGGCUCGCCUGCACAAACACCUGGAGGAACAGAUGCAACAGUGUGUUAUAGGGAAGCUGCCAGUUGUGCAGCUGACUAUACAAUAUAGGAUGCAUCCUGACAUUUGUCUCUUCCCAUCCAAUUACAUUUAUGGCAGGACUUUAAAGACUGACAGAGCAACAGAAGAGAACAGAUGUUCUUCAGAUUGGCUAUUCCAGCCAUACCUGGUCUUUGAUGUAGCAGAUGGCCACGAAAAACGGGAUAAUGACUCUUUUGCUAAUCCCCAGGAAGUGAAGCUGGUGAUGGAAAUAAUGAAAUUGAUUAAAGAAAAAAAGAAUGAUUUUGGUUUUCGUCACAUAGGAAUAAUUACCCCUUACAGUGCACAGAAAAAGAUGAUUCAGCAAGAGCUGGACAGAGAGUUUGGAAGGGGCAGGGCGGGGGAAGUAGACACAGUUGACGGGUUCCAGGGUCGACAGAAAGACUGCAUUAUAGUGACGUGUGUAAGAGCGAACAGCACACAAGGGUCAAUUGGGUUUCUGGCAAGUCUUCAGCGUCUGAAUGUUACAAUUACUCGAGCAAGGUACAGCCUCUUCAUCCUUGGAAGACUGACAACGUUAAUGGAAAAUAAAGACUGGAAUAAGCUGAUUCAGGAUGCUCAGAGAAGAGGCGCUAUCAUCAAGACUUGUGACAAAAACUAUAAAAAGGAUACUGUUAAAAUUCUGAAGCUCAAACCAGCAUUACAGCGGCCACUCUCCUAUCCUCCUACUGCUGCACUGUCAGAGAAAGCUACUCAAGUGCAGGCGUGUUUGGGCAGCGAUGGGAAGAAUAAGGUCACCAACAGAAAAAUCAGCAAUGACUCUAGAAGACUCUCUGCCAGUGCUGGCCUGUCAGCACAAGGCAAUGGAGUAGUCCGACAGCCCCCAGAGUCUCAAGUUUUGGGUUCUAAAGGAAUCACUCUUCCCACAGCAGUGCAGCCUGCUGUUCGAGAGAGACCUCGGGAUCCAAGACUGGCUAGGAGGACAGAAGCGACAGGGAAGGAGCAGGCCUCCAAGAACAGCAGUCCAUCAGCCCUGAGCAAUCCAGAUGUGACAUUGUCACGGGGACCUGAUGCAUCUUCAGCCCACUGGGGUCAGAUCAGCACUGUGCAGCCUCCUGUCUCCAAGGCAGAAGAUUUGAACAAGACCAACCAAACUGUAAGACAGCCAGACAUGCCUUUCACUGCUUCCCAUACAGCCAGGCAGGACCAUGACUGGAGAGUUUCUGUCUCAUCAAAAGAGGCAAGAACUGUCAGUAAAGAAGACCAGAAAGGUAAUGAGUGGAGCAAAGACAAGGACUAUCGGACCCCUGCAAGCAGAAGAGCAUCGGAACAACCCCCGGAGAACAAAGACUUGAGUGAGGCCAAGAGGAGGAAGGUCUCCUAUUAGCUGAAAUCUUUCUAGGAUCAGCUGCAGCUGGCAGCCUUUCCCCCACUAUAUAAGCCCCUCCAAAACCUAUCCCCCAGCCCUUAAAAAUAUGGACUAUAUUAAAAACAAAGUGUCUAGUUCACCUGGAACUCCUUCAUAUUGCUACUUUUCUACUAACAGAUCCAUUUUUUUCCAUCCCAUCACUGGCUGUUGGGUGAAUUCAUACCUGAGAAAUUAUAUCCUUGGAGCUUUUGAACUGAAAAGUUGGGUAAUUGCUCCAUAUGUAAUGGCAGUAAGUUUGAACUAUGAUCCUAGGAAGUGAAGUGGUGUAAAUGUUGAACAGAUGUAUAUUUGUACAGCAUACAAAAUUAUUUUAAGAUUUAAUUCAGCAAGCAUAUUGCUGCUUGUUUCCAUACCCAAAAGCUAAUUUCAGAGUGGAGAACAUUUUUUUAUUAAAAAAAAAAACUGAAAGAAAACUUCACCAGAGAUCUUUGGUAAGUCUAGUUUCUUUAAUCGCAAAUGGGACAUUUUGAAAAGGCUGAGAGGAUGGUAACAGAUCAGAUCAUUUUUGAUUCUUUCUGAAAUUCCACUGGUGCCUCAUGGAAGACAGUCGCGGGUGGUGGUGGAGGGGGGCCUGGAAUGUUCAACAGAGAAUUCUACAUAUGGGGUGUGUGUGUGUAUAUAUAUUUUUUUAUUUCUCUUCCCCCCUUUUUCAUAGGAACAAAAUAUCCUCGGUUCAUGCAGAUGUGCCUUGAGUCUUUCUUUUGCUCCUUAUUCUUCACUGCUGUCCUUAGCCAUGUGAUUGGGACGUCAGUUUAUUACAGUUUCAGAGUCUAUAACUGGCUCAAGGCUCUGAGCUCCCACUGAAGUCAGGAGUAGUUGAGGACAGUCAGAUUGCGUGAGCCUGGUUAGGUCUAUUGGCUCCAAGUGAGGAAUAAGCAGCAGAAGUUUUUGAAAUCUUUAAUCAAAGAUCCAGUCAAUGCUUGAUGAUGAUACUUGGCUUGCUUGGUAACCGAGCACUUUGAGAUCUGCAGAGAUGAAAAGGGCUAGCUCUUACAUAGCUAAGUAUGAUUAUUAAUAUUACUGGAUUCUGUUUACUCUGUAGAUGUAGAAUAUCUAACUGGUAAAUGAAUAAAACUGCAAUAACUUUUUUUUUUAAAGCCCUACUCAUGUGCAUGUUUUCAUAACAAAAUUGCAAGUGGAGUUGUUUCUAAAUAGAAUGUGUUCAGAUUAAGGCAUCAGUUGCUCUUUCAGGAAUAUGGUGAAUGUCUAACACCUGUUAGGCAUGCUAUCUGUUUUGCAUAGAGACAAUACUGAGCUCAUACUUUGUGUAUGUUUAUUUAGCACUUUGACGAUCUGUCACUGGGUAGAGCCAGAAGUAGUGUGGGCAAGCAAGGUGCAGAUUUUUUCUGUGACCUUUGGUGAUAAUGCAGCUCAUUUUCAACUUGCAAAUACCCCUACUAUGGCUGUUCUAAGUUUGAUCUGAGAAGAGAUUACCAUGGUACGCCGGAUCACUUUGUGUUGUUGACAAAUGACCUCUCAGGACUAGAACGAAGCCUCAAACGUGCUUUUAUAUGUGAGCUCUUGUGAGAUAGAACCCAGCUUUCUUAAGAUGCAAAAUUAAGACCUAGCUCCAUUAAAUUAAUGGGAGCAGGUUCUCAGCACAUCUACUGAAUGACUUAUGCCCACCACUACACAUGAGUAUUUUGAUUCCAUUACCGUGCUGGUCUUUCCAGUUUCACCACAACAUAAGAAAAUGAACUCCACAAGACUGCCAUGGGCUAAACAAUUGUGCCAGCAGUAUUGUUUAGGUCUCCCUUCCGAUACUUUCAUUGCAGUGAUUAAUGUUGCCUUCUUCCUUUCAUACUGACAAACAGCUGUGUGGUGGUGGUGUCACAGCAAAAUAUAGAGAUGACAUAACUACUGUAAGAAUAAUAGGACAGUAGCCUACAUGGUAAACUGUAAAUUGUACUGCUAUGAAUUCACCUAUCCAAGCUUGAAAUAGAUGUGCUUUACUAGUGACAGCUGAGUGAUAGGUAUUUUGAAGGCUAUAUCUCCUGUAUCUGCAUGGCACAGCUCAUGACCUGCUGUUCUCUAUUACAGUGAUGGUAAAGAACAUAAAUGGGCUAAAUUCUGCCCUUAGAUAAGCACAUGAAAUGAAGCCAGUAACAGAUGUUGGCACACAAUUUGAGAGCAGAAUUUAACCCCAAAGCUUUGUUUAAUGUGUGUACUACAUUAAUUGCCAGUGUACGCACCUUAAACUGUCAUGCAAGUUGUUCAGAGUAGUGUGUGAUCUAACAUGCGUUUUCAGGGAGUAGAGCUGUUGGAAUGAGCCACUUGUUGUCAUACAUUAGUGAUCUCUGCAUAACUCUUAGCUGAGAUUCAUUCCUUGUGUGUAUCUAUAUCUAGGCUAAAUCGGAACACUUUGAAAUACUGUCUCCCUUAUAACCUUAUUGUAUCGGUGCAGAAUGGGUUAAAAAGGCAGGGUUACUCAGCAAACCUCUGUAGUUCCUAUAGCUACGGAAACCAUGCAGUGUAUAUUCAUGUAAAAAAACUGAAGACAGUCAGUCUGAAUCAGGGAAUGCUGUUCUGACAAUUAACUGGAAACCUGUUUGUCAUGCAAAUCUUAGAAUUCUUCCAGUCUCCUGUUUGUCAAAUCCAGAACAUAAGUUCUAUCCUGAAAACGACACUUGUCAGGUGCUGGAAGGAAUUUUAUUCUGAUGUCUUACAUUGCCUUUGUGGCAUUACAUCACCCAUGCUUUGUAUAUUUUAUAUCUCCUGUCUCUAUAUAGGGAGAAGUGAUGAGCUGUGCCGUUUUCGCUAUAUAGGGAUAAGUGGCUUGUGCGUGCCUAUCUGUACCCAAUAAAUCCUGUAUUACAUGCACUAUUGCUUAGUGGAGUUGUAUAACUUCUCAAUAAACUCUGUUUGAUUGAGAGACUACAGUACCAUUCCAGUUUACUCCCUCAGCUGAUACAAGGUUUUAUUGCCUUUACUUGCUUUGUACCUGUCGCUGUUUUGUCCAUCAUUUCUCUGCACCGGCUCAUUCCUGCCACAUCAGUUUGUUAAUGCUAUAUUUUGUUUUUGAAUAAAAAAAUGUUUGGGUUGA